AUGGACGAAAUACCUGAAUUGGUUGAAAUAGCUGAAAUAAUUGAUUCUUCUGAAUCAAAGGUAAAUGAUACCGAUAAAGCUUUUACUUCAAAGGUUCCUAUAACCAUAAUUACUGGGAAAACCACGUUACUUAAUUAUAUUUUAACAAAUCAACAUGGAAAAAGGAUUGCCGUUAUUUUGAACGAAUUUGGCGAAAGCAGCGGAAUUGAAAAAUCCUUAUCAAUAAAUCAAGACGGUGAUUCAUUUGAGGAAUGGUUAGAAUUACAAAAUGGAUGCUUAUGUUGCUCUAUCAAAGAUAAUGGUGUAAAAGCAAUUGAAAAUCUUAUGCAGAAAAAAGGAAAAUUUGAUUAUAUUUUACUGGAAACUACAGGCCUUGCUGAUCCAGGUCCAAUUGCUUCGAUGUUCUGGUUGGACGAUGAUCUAGGUAGCGACAUAUAUUUGGAUGGCAUCGUUACAUUAGUUGACGCAAAAUAUAUCCUACAAUAUAUUUCGGAGAAGAGAGCAGAUGGUUCGAUUAAUGAGGCUGUUCGAGUUCCAUUAGACUUCAUUUUAGACAUUCAUGCAUUCGACUUUAAACAGUCGCCUGUUUCACAAUUGGUAUCACCACAAACCUUAAAUGAGGAUGAUGCAGAAAAUGGACAUGGUCAUAACCACGAUCAUAUUGAAGAGGUAAUAAAUAACCACGAUCAUAUUGAAGAGGAGGUUAAAACCAUAUGUUUAACUGAAUUUCCGUCACCUACCAUUGAUUUGACCAAAAUAGAGCAAUGGAUUCAAUGUUUGUUAUGGGAGAAAAUUGUUCCAACAUAUGACACUACAUCAUGUCAAACUAAUCCUCAAAUAACAAUUUUAAGGCUUAAGAGUAUUCUAACACCGAAUCAUGAUAUAAAAUCGCGUGUUGUUGUGCAAGGGGUUCAAGAGUUGUACGAUUUACAAUACAUUCCUAGUGAUAGAAGUGGUUUGGAUGAAUCUGAAAGUGCUGGGAAUAAAGUAAUGGUAAAAGACAAGGUUGUAAUAAUUGGAAGAAAUUUAGAAUAUAUGAAAUUGAAAAAUUCAUUAUGGAAUUGGAUGGGUUGGAUCUAG